UUCGAGUUUUCCUCUUUUUUGGCAUCUCUCAGGAAAGUUAAAGACUUGAAGAGAUAUCCUGAGAGGAAUCCAUCUCGUGCCACAGACUCCCACGAGUCUGGAUGUAGGUAUGUGAAUAGUGGUACAAACUCCCGAGUCGACAAAAAUAAUUAACCUUCCCCGUCCAGCCUCUCUUGAUCUCAGUUCUUUUUCAAUUGUCGGAGAAGCACAAUGCUCUGUGUUUUGACUUCAAACUCAAUCGCCAAACCGAGCCCUGACACAAGCAAGCACCAAUGGCAUCCUGAUCGACAAUCCCCUCAAGACCCCGACUUUCCAUCCCGAAAUCGAGCCACAAGCAAGUCCAUCUCAGCCAUUGAAGAACUAUAUGACCGAGAGCGAGUGGCCUUGAUUCGGAAAAACUUUUGCUUAGGAAGCACCACCCGCCACGGUCAAUUACGAGGAUCUGCUUCGUUUUCGGGACCAGAGCCAGAUGCUUCAAGUGAACGCAUGAACUCGAUUAUCUCCAUGAUUGAAAACGAAAUAUGGCAGAUUCCAGACAAGGAACCGAAUUCAUCAUCAGGAGGUCAGCAAGUCUCCUCAGGCAUCUGCACUGUGCCAUUGUACCCUCGGAAAUCCAGAUAUUCGGAAGUGGAGAGGAAAAGGAACCGAGAAGCAUCCCCACAAUCCUCCGGCAUGAAACGGCGAUUUCAGGCCUAUUCCAAGAGGGCCAACCAGUUCGUUCAACGAGGCCUCAUUGGAUCGGUCUUGCACAUGAAUGGAAUCGCACCUGGGCUUAUUCUAGGGAUCAUUUUAUUGAUAUUCUUGGCCUAGUGCUGACAAUGUUCCUUUGAUCAAGGAAGAAUCCCUUGGGUCCGAUUGCUUUCAAAUUUCGAAACGGAGAGUCAAGUCUUGUCUUGUCUUGUCUUGGUGCAAUGGUUAUUGGGAUGGAAUUAGGGCAACCCGUUUGUUGGGAACAUUUCGAGUUGAACCCAAAUUGAGACAAAGAACUUGGAAAGGCGUCCGUCCGUUGCUAAUGGCGGGAGGAAACCAAAGACAUUGUGGACUUUUGACCGCGGGAACAUUAUCUUGACUUUCAACCACCCACCCACAAAAGAACUUUGCCCUCGGGACACCGCAAGGAUCUUCCAGUUGUCAACUUAAAAUGGAACGUGGAGCUACGAAUCCUCACAUUACGUUUAUACAGUAAUACGCUUUGGCCUUUUUUAUUUGAGGGGCGGAGGGUAAUCCAAUGAAGUGUCAUUCAUUUCGGUUCUCGGGUUGGUCUAUUUGUGGAAGGUUGAAAUCAGAUUCCGCCUUUCAAGUUUUCUUGGAAGUUUGUGGUUUGGAGGGAUUCAAGAAUGUAAAAGCAAACCUUGACAAACGAUCACCAUUUUUUUAAAGGAAACCCAUAUUGGACAGAGGUGAGCAAAGUCAUUGCAGUAAUUUGUUCCAAUGCCAUGAAAUUGGCAGAGCAAACGUUUUUAAAGAUCAACAUUCAAUGUGUCUUUGGGGGAGAACAAUUAUGGGACCCUACUUAGGCUUUACGACCCAUUAUAAACUAUUGUAUGAUGUGAUAACGUGGACGUAUUUAUAAAUGCAUGCAACAAAUGUACUAUUAAUUACAAGGAUUUUCUGAUUGUACUUGUAAGAGAUUGAUCCAAUUCCGAGCAAACCUGACUAUUUGAAUGUGCGUUUUUUUGUUAGUUUUUAUACAAAGCGAUAAAUUAUAAAUUACUCUAGUCCAUUAAAUCGUUGAGAAGAUGUACCAAUGAAUCAUUGCUGUACUUAAGUUGUCAGAAAUGCAACAGAGCCACGAAGCCUUUCAGUGAAACCAAUUUUACGACCAUGAAUGAAGUGUCCAUAAGUGAUGUCUCCAAUAAA